AGAUGGGAUUGUUUAUCCAUUAAAAUCAAGGAAACUCAUGUUGUUACUAGUGUUUUAUUGUACUACUUGUUGGUAUUUAUUAAUAUUUAUUUUUGAGAUAAAACUAGUUGUUCAAACCGUGUAGAUGAACAAAUAAAGAUAUGAGUUGCAUGAUUUGCACUCAUUCUGUCGCUUAUUAACAUUAUUAUUUUGAUAAUAAUUUGUACACAAAGUUUCCGUGCGGAACAGUUAUUUUUGAAAGGCUCACUUAGUUCGAGAACUAUAUAAGCCUAACGGGUUUAGACAACAUGACCAAUUUAACUAGAAAUGUUACCGUUUUCUGUGCCCUUUCUGCUUUUUGUGGGCAUUUUUGUGUAUUUAUACGAUGAUUGUGCUGCAAGGAACAAUUGGGAGGCCACGCCCAUUUCGAUUUCUGGCAGUACCACAAAUCCGAGUGACAUGGACAUGGAUCUGCGAAUCGAGCACAAAGCCAGAGAUUUCAGCUUUUCGGGAACAUUCUUUUGGAAUAUAGAUAUGGAUGACAACGUGAUGGUUGAAAUGCGAAUUUUGAGCAGCUAUUCUGGAAAGGAGGAGGACUACAAGAUGACUCCUUGGUCGAUUCCACCUCAAAAGUUCGUUGACUACAUCGAAACAUUUUACAAGGACAUAAUAAUGGCCAAUCUCGGCGAUUGUACCGAUUUGCCACGAUAUGACGAUGGAUAUGUACCGCCCUGGCCAAAGGCGACCUACAACUUCACCCGAUGCACCAUGAACGGCAAGGGAUUGCCGGAAGUAUUGGCAGAGGGCUUCUAUAGGGCCGAGGCCGUCAUCUCCUCUCCUCCAUCGCUUGCAGUCAACCUAUCCGUCGUUGUUCGAAUCAGGACAAAAAUGUUUUAAAUUCAGGGCAAUUAAAUCCUGAAAUUCCUCCCUCUCUCUAUUGUCAACUGUUCUUUGCUUUUGGGCAUUUCCGAGGUGUGAGCCGAAUUCCAGCUGCGCGGAGAUCGUCAUAAAAUCCGGCGGACUCACGGGCCAAUAAAUGAACCGAGCCAGGUAGAAAUCGCUUGAAGCCAGCUGACGGCGGGUAGGCAGGCAGGCAGUUUGGAGUGUGAAAUUGGCAAGACAUGUUUGGAAACUGUUGUGGUACGAAAAAAAGUGUUUGCGGUAGGGUAGAGAGCGGAGAACUCCAAGGAAAAAUUGCACAAAGUGUCCUGCACAGAGAGAAAUUUAUAGCAUAAUGCACUCAUAUUUUAGUUUUAACACGAACAUAAGAUCAUCGUUGAUAAUGAUAUUAUUUUUCGGUUUUUUUGUUUCCACAAGUAAGAGGCAUGUACCAUUAUAAUGGUUAACUAAAUUCAUCAACUUUUUCCCGUGUACUUUCCCCUCGUUUCGCCCCCUUGAAAAUGCAAUUCGAGUUGCAUUUCAAGUGAAAACUCUGCACAGUUGCCUCGGCUAAUUUAUUGCAAAUUGUUAAAAGCUACAACGACGAAGGCGACGCUGCUGCUGGCUGUCAACUGAUGACAGCAGCAUGCAGCCCCUCCCCUCCGGAUUCCCCUGCACUAGACUCGUGGCCGCUGCUGUGUUUUCCCCAUUUUCGAGCUCCGCUCGUUGGUUGGGGAAAAAUUCAGUUUAGAGUGAACCAGAUUCGUAUGGAAAUUGCAUGGCAGUCUCACAGAAAAAUCAUAGAAUACAGAUAUUUGAAGAGCUUAAAGCUUGUUAAGAAAUGAAUUCAUUUAAGCUUCAAUAGAAAAAGAACCCUUGUUUUUUAUAGCCUGUACAUAUUCGUUUUAUUAUAUAACUGUUUUGAAUAAUAUAAAAACUUAUUGCAAUUCAGUUUUAUAUCCAUUGUUUAACCUAUUUUAUUUUUACCUCUAUAAUUUAAAAUUAGUAUGCCUUCACUAUGAUGGCCUCCUAAUUAUACCAAUACAAUUAAAAGCUAAGUUUUGCAUAAUUCACAUUUGCAAAUGUAAUCCCGUAUUAAAACAAAGCUGCAUUGAGUUCAUUCGUUUUUAUUAGGUACAGCAAUAAUAUAUAUCAACACAUGCCCACAUUUAAUAAGGUUUUUAUUGCUUGACUUUGUGUAAAAGUGUUCAUUUUGCAUUACAAACGAGAUGGCGAUCUAACAGCGCUUUAAAAGCCAAUUAAUUUGCUGCAACGAAACGCGGCUCACCCUGAUUAGCAUACGGUAACAGACAACAGCAACAACAACAUGGGCAACCAAUUUGCAUUUAGCCACCAUCCAUCUAACUCACACAGUUCCCAUCGCCCCGAAAACCCCUCAGUUGUCCCAUCAAUUCGCUGCUUGAACAUUUCGCGGCAUUGACAAUAUCAAAUUGUUAUCUGGCAUAAAAUAAUUACAACGUUUUAAUGCAGACAAAAUAGUUGUCGUCAGUCGACGACGGUUGCAAGUUGUUUUGCGGUGUGUGCUUGGUGCUGUUGAUAUCAUCGUUGUUGUUGCCGUUGUUGCCGCUUUUGCUGCCAAAGUUUAGCUGCCAAUUUGAGUGCCAAUAAAAGCGCGUGUGCGACAGCAAAGAGAUUUCAUUUCCAGCGGACAACGUUGCCAUGGUUAGUUUUCGCUGCUGGUGCGCUAAUUAACCAAAAACGCAGCCAAUUAGUUGAACUAACACGGAAAAGUUGCAGUUCCAUGGAAACCCCGUGGUAGGGAGUGGCACUCAGGGAAAAAAUUGUUUAUUUUUUUGCUUUUAUAAAUCACGAGCACAAAUCAGAGUAAAUAUUAACCUAUGUAUUAAAUGCUUUGGAAAACUAACCCAAGAACUUAUGAAAUUGUUUUAAUUUAUAUAAAAAACUAAUUGAUUCUGUUUAAAAAUAAAUUUAAAAAAUGUAUUUCUGAGAACCUAAUAUUUCAACAUUUUUUGUCAAGUGUCACAAGCUCAAUUGGCGGACCUGUUUUCAUUUGUGUUUUUGGUAUUUGAUUGCGCGAUUUGAGUAGAUAAUGCUAGGGACACUAGUUCAGUGAAUAUACAUUGCGAGCUAAUUAUUUCGAUUGUCAGGGAGAUUGUUGAUUGUUGAUAAUUUAAAUCGCUGCUGAUUAUUUGUAAUGUUCUCAACAAGCGGAUGGUAUAUAUAAAUUGCCCGCAAAUAUUCCUCAAAUAACCGGAAUAAUUAUUUGUAGCGUUUUUUUUUUUUAUUAUCAUAGCUUUUCAACGAGUUCACUUAAAUAAUAAAAGCUAAAUGGAACUUGUUGAUUAAGUGGUAUACUGUUUAAAUGCUUUGAUCUGAAUUGCUUGCAGCCAGCUUAUUUUAUUGCCAGCACAUCCGUGAUUCAACUAAUUAAACAAGUAAGCCUUCUGGAAGUUGGCCAUCUAAAAAUCUCGUUCAAUUUGCGAUUCUCAUUGAUUGAAAAUUUGCGAAAUGAAAUGCAUUAAAAUGAGGCAGGCAAAGGUUAAAUUAUGUCUGCGUUCACGGAGAUGCGG